AUGAGGUUCGGCGAGCAUCUCCGAUCCUCCAUGAUCAAGGAAUACCAUCCUUAUUAUAUCGCAUACGAUGAUCUGAAGAAAGCCCUCAAGACCGACUUUGUCACACAGCCGACUCCCGACAAUACCAAGCCGGCCCGCAAGGAGUGGACCGAGGAUGACGAGACUCAAUUCGUGACGCUGCUCGAGUCUGAGCUGGAGAAGGUCUUCCUCUUCCAGAAGCGCAAGUCCGAGGAAAUCGUCGAGCGCAUCAAGGCCAGUGAGGCCGAGGUGACAGACGUGGUCUCGCGUCUAGAGGACAGCACCAACAAUCGUCAUCAGAACGGUCGCUCCUCAAGGCCCGUCCCCACCGACGAGGACUUUUUCGAAUUGGAGCAGGUUCUCUCGGACAUCAUCGCCGACGUACACGAUCUGGCCAAGUUUACGCAAUUGAAUUACACCGGGUUCCAGAAGAUUAUCAAGAAGCAUGACAAAGAGACCAAGUGGUAUCUCAAGCCCGUCUUUGCCGCCCGACUCAACGCCAAGCCGUUCUUCAAGGACAACUACGACGCUUUUGUGGUGAAGCUGUCCAAACUCUACGAUCUGGUUCGUACCAAGGGCAAUCCGGUCAAGGGUGAUUCAUCCGCCGGCGGAACCCAACAGAACUUUGUGCGCCAGACCACCAAAUACUGGGUGCACCGAGACAAUAUCACCGAGUUGAAGCUCGUCAUUCUCAAGCAUCUGCCCGUCCUGGUGUUCAACGCCAGCAAAGAAUUCGAGGAGAAGGAUACCGCCAUCUCUUCCAUCUACUACGAUAACCCGGAAACAUGGGAGCUGUACCAGGGCCGUCUCAAGAAGACCGAGGGUGCCGAGGCCAUCCGUCUGCGUUGGUAUGGUGGCAUGGAGAGCGAUCAGAUCUUCGUCGAGCGUAAGACUCACCGUGAGGAUUGGACGGGUGAAAAGUCCGUCAAGGCGCGCUUUUCCCUCAAGGAGAAGAAUGUCAAUGCCUUCUUGGAUGGCCGCAUGACCGUCGAGCAGGUCUUUGACAAGAUGCGCAAGGAAGGCAAGAAGAGUGCCGCCGAGAUCAAUGAUUUGGAACAGCUGGCCCGCGAGGUUCAAUACCGAGUGAUUACGCGCCGUCUUGUCCCGGUGACUCGAACCUUCUACCACCGAACCGCCUUCCAAUUGCCGGGUGAUGCUCGUGUGCGUAUUUCUCUCGAUACCGAGCUGACUAUGAUUCGUGAGGACAACCUGGAUGGCCGCCGUCGUGCCGGCUCCAAUUGGCGUCGCAUGGACAUCGGUGUCGAUUGGCCCUUCUCGCAGCUUCCUCCCGAAGACAUCGACCGUUUCCCGUACGCCGUGCUGGAGGUCAAGUUGCAGACUCAGGCGGGCCAGGAACCCCCUCAGUGGAUUCGUGACCUCACCGCGUCACAUCUAGUUGAAGCAGUGCCCAAAUUCAGUAAAUUCAUCCACGGCACUGCGACCCUCUUCCCAACUCGCAUCAACCUUUUGCCCUUCUGGUAUCCGCAGAUGGACACAGAUAUCCGCAAGGCUCCCACCCGCCGCUACGGCAUUCAUCGUCCCACGGCACUUUCUCCCAUGGACGAAGAUUCCGACGAUGACGAGACCCCGCAGUCAACCGAGACCCCGACUCUCAAUGGAUCGCGAGAAGGUGUCGAUGACCGGUACCUGUUCACUGAGACCAACGGCAAUGAGUUGGAUAUCGAGGAACGUAUCGCGGCACGUCCACUUCCCGGUGACGACGAUUACCCGCUGUACGACUCGGACGACGAAUACGACACUGUGGAUACGGAAGAGCUGGAGGAAGCUCGCCGCAUCGGUGGAAGGUAUUAUGCCGAGCAACUAGUCAAGCACUAUGCGCGCAAGACUGGACGCGCUGUUGUGCAGGGCCUGUGGGCCUUGGUUCCACGACCUCGGGCCACAGACAUGCCGCCGCAGGAAGCGCGAGGCAUUCAGGUGCUUGGAACGCAGCGUCGGUUGCAAAGAUUCCAAGCGCCACCUGGCAAGAAAAUCUUCGUCCCUGUUCGCGUUGAGCCCAAGGUUUACUUUGCCGCUGAGCGCACGUUCCUGUCUUGGCUCGAAUUCUCGAUCCUUCUCGGCGGUAUCGCCGCCACCCUGCUUAACUUUGGCGUCGACACCGUGUCACUGAUCAGUUCAUGGGCAUUCACCAUGUUGGCCGCCGGUGCCUUGAUCUACUCUCUCAUGCUCUACAUCUGGCGUGUGGACAAGAUUCGCAAGCGUCGGGAUGUCAAACGCGUGUACUAUGAGAAGUGGGGUCCUACCGUUGUGAGCGUCGGCCUGGUGACCGUGGUGUUGAUCAAUUUCGGGCUGAGAAUCAAGGCCGGUGGGUUCAUGGAGGGCAAGACACCGCUUGAUGGUCAUCCCCGUCAUGGUGGUGAACUAUAA